AUGCUCGCCCAACUCCUAAUCAACUUCUCCCUCCUGGCCUUCGCCAUGGCAGAGGAAACCCUGACAGCCACCACCCACGGCAACGCCUGGAAAUACGGGUCCGGAGGCGGUCUCAUCGGGUUCAUUGUGUUGAUUUUGGAUAUUCUGGUUUUCAUGGAACUCCUCAAAUCGAACCGUCCACCUUCCCAUAAACUACUCUGGUGUAUCGGUGUCUUCUUGUUCCCGAUCUUGGGGUUGGUCGUGUAUUAUCUUUUCUCCAACCGCGAGGCGCACCAGGGGAGUGGUGGGUAUGAGGCUAUUCCGUAG